AUGAUAGGCGAGAAAGUGGUCGGAAAAGCACAGCAGCAAGAGGAAGAAUAUGAAGAGGAGGAGGAAGUAGAGGAAGACAAAAAGGCGCAGGAAAAAGCGGCGAAAAAAGAGGAAGCGGAAGCGAAAAGGGAGGCCAGGGAAGAGAAGAAAAGGGAGAAGGAGGAGGAAAGACGGGCGAAAAAGGAGGAAGCGGAGGCGAAAAAAGCGGAAAGAGAAGAGAGGAAGAGGGAGAAGGAGGAGGAAAGACGGGCGAAAAGGGAGGAGGCAGAGGCAAAAAAAGCGGAAAAAGAAGAGAGAAAGAGGGAGGAGGAGGAGGAAAAACGGGCGAAAAAGGAGGAGGCGGAGGCGAAGAAAGCGGAAGAAGAGGAGAGGAAGAGGAAGGAGGAGGAGGAAAAACAGGCAAAAAAGGAGGAAGCGGAGGCGAAAAAAGCGGAAGAGGAGAGGAAGAGGAAGGAGGAGGAGGAAAAACAGGCAAAAAAGGAGAAAUCGGUGGUGAAAGAAUUGAGCAAAAAGGAAGGGAGGGCGGAGGAAAAAGUGGUGAAAAAGGAGGAAUCGGUGGUGAAGGAAGUGAGCAAGAAGGAAGAGAGGGCGGAGGAAAAAGUGGCAAAAAAGGAGGAAUCAGUGGUGAAGGAAGUGAGUAAGAAGGAACAGGAGGAGGAGGAGGAGGAAGAGCAGGAAGAGAAGCCGCUAAGUGUCCGUGAGAGAAAAAAAGCACAGCAAGCUCGGGCCAAGGAAGUGAAUGUAGCUGCAGAGUCUAGAAUGGCUAUGAUUGGCGCUCAAUUCAGGCUUGGGCGAUUUGGCGCUCAGUUUUUUCCUCCGAUCAAAGAAAUAGCGCAGGGUGGAGCUGCUAGUGAUGAUGAUGUCGACCCGGAAGGUGAAGAUGUAGCGUCGGAGCAUUCCGAGGGCGAAGACGAUGAAGUGGAUGAUGAGGAACCAGACGCAUCUGCGCCCCAACCACCCGCAACUUGA